UAUUUUACUUUUUAUAAACAUUAGCGUUUGUCGUCGAUUUGAUCCACUUCAUUGUCACAGUUCAUCAAUUUCAAUCCAAAAAACCCCAAAUUAAUCAAGACCCCUAAAAGCUUGCUCAUCGUGUGUUCUAUGUGAAUCACAUCAAGAUAUUGGAGUCUCAUACAAAUGUCAUCAGUAGGAACAUCAAAGGGGAUUCUAGAAAUCGCCAAAUUCGGUGUAUACGUCGCAGUACCAAUCGUCCUAAUCUAUACAUUCGCCAACAACAGCACCAACAUCAAGAAAUUCAUGGGCAAUCAUUCAUACGUUGUUUAUCCUAAAGAAGCUCCUCGUCCUCCUUCACCUGAAGAGCUACGUGAGAUGGCUAAACAACUUGCCCUCAAAAAAAAAAAAAAUCCCUUCUAAUUGAUCUAUUGCAAAAAAGGGUACUUGGAAAUGAUUGAGAAUUGAAGAAAUGAGAAAGCUUUUGUUGAUUUUAGAUUCCACAGUAAGUUUUGAGAGCAGAUUGAGAUCUUUGUCCAGCUUCUGUGUAGUAGAACUGGUGAAAUUUUCUUACUUUUGGUGAGU